GAAGCUUCUUCACUCAGUUCCGGUUCUAGGACUUUCUAUGGGGGCUUAAUAAAGGUCUAGGGGGACAGCUGCGAGCUAGUUAAGCGGACAACUAACCUCUCGAAUGCUCCUUGAAUAUUUCCUCCCUGCCUCCUUCGGAUUUCCUUAAGAGAUUUGUUUUGUUAGUCUUAUAUAGGUAUACUCGUUCGGUCCUUCACUGGUCCUGUAUAUUCUCAUGAAUAUUUAUGCUACUCCAUCGACGCAGCAAAUCAGCUGAGCUCCUUCUGCAUACGUUUAUUGUGUAAUUCACAAAUUUACAUCUGUCAAUCCCUGAGGUACUAUCCCGCAACCGCAGUUUAUCGGAACAUCUCAGUUCUUUUAAAUUAAAUUCUGUCAUGGCCAAAUGGGGAGAAGGAGACCCGCGCUGGAUUGUGGAAGAAAGAGCAGAUGCGACAAAUGUCAAUAACUGGCACUGGACAGAGAGAGAUGUCACAAGCUGGUCUCAAGAUACAAUAAAUAGCCUUCUUCUUGGGCUUCGUGUAGAGGGUGAAGAAGGCUCAUGCGAGAUCACAGACGUCAGCAAUAUAGAUGGCGAGGCCUCUAUCAACAACCGCAAAGGGAAACUCAUCUACUUCUAUGAGUGGGUUGUUAAAGCCUCAUGGACUGGUACAAAUAAAAUAGGAAUCAAAUAUAAAGGCACUGUGGAAAUACUGAAUCUCUCUGAUGAAAAUGACAUGGAUGACUUAGAUAUUUGUGUUAGACUUUGUAAAGACCAGCCAAACACACCUCUGACUGACCUCAUGAGGAAGGAGGGAGUCAAGAAAAUCAGAAUGGCACUGGGCAACUAUGUCAAACAUCUCAAAACAGAGUUCUCUCAGGGUAUGAUUUUACCAACAGAAAAUGCAAUUAACGGACAGAAUCAGGAGACACAAGCCAAGGUCAAAACUAGACAAACACAGAUGGGAUCCUCCACAACAAAAAGCACUCCCAACACUGGAGUUAAAAUUUCAACAGUAUCUUUGACUAUAAAAGAUACCUUUCUCACCUCACCAGAAGAGUUGUACAGGGUUUUCCUAAACCAAGAGAUGGUACAAGCAUUUACACACCUGGCUGCCUUUGUGGAUGGGUGCUCAGGUGGCAAAUUCCGGCUGCUGGAAGGAAAUGUUAAUGGGCAGUUUGCAGAACUGAUUCCAGACCAGAAAAUUGUCAUGAAAUGGAGGUUUUCAAGUUGGCCAGCUGGACACGCAGCAACUGUCAUUUUAAACUUCGUAAAUCAAGGCAGUGAGACAGAGCUGAUUCUGGAGGCCAGAGGAGUUCCCAGCAAUGACGAGGAAAGAAUGAAAGAGGGCUGGCAGAGAUACUACUUUGAUGCCAUUAAACAGACGUUUGGUUAUGGAGCAAGACUCUGUUAAGCCAAAGCUCAUGUUGUGCCAUGCCAGAAAAUCGGGACAUAAUACAAAUAGAUAAAAAAAAAACACCUGCAAACAUGAAACACUUGUUGUAUUUACUGCAUGCGCUAGAUAAUUGCUGGAUUCCAACAAACAUCUGUGCCUUUACAGUGAAAAAUAGGUGCCUGGAUUUUUUUUUUUUUUUUUUUGUAUUUGCUAUUGCAUUUGCAUUAGUGCUUCUCGUGUUUGAAUGUAAUAUGUGUGUGUAGCGCCCCCUACCUGUCUUUAUGUUGAUUAAAUAGGGCAGCGCACCAGAUUCAUUAACUAUGUGCCUACAGAUGUUGAAGUUAGGCCCCUCUGGUGUCACAAAUUAUUUACUUCUCCUUUAGAAGUUAUUAAUAAUUAUGUACUAUACUCAAAUGUAAUAUAUAUAAUAUAUUAUCUAUAUACUAUAAUAAAUAGUCAAGCACAAACUCUUAGAUAAGUAACAAAAUAUAAAGAAUUUAAUUAGAACAGAAGCAGAAAGUCAAAGAUAGAAUUUGAAUGCUGUGAUGUAUUCACACAAUCACAUAGACUUUAGAUCUGACCAAAUUAACCCCCCAAAAAGCUAUAUCUCAGGGGACAGGAGUACAGGAAUGGUCUCUGUAACAAAACACUCAGAAUUAAAGGAACGAGUGACUUCACUUGAAAUGAAAUGUACAAACUUAUUCACUCUGGAUGUCAGAAAUCACUUGGAAUAUUCACAGUUAAUAAGCACGCUGAAUAAACACAAUAUGAAAGAAAAUUAAACUUUGUGGGCCCACAUACACAAACAUAAACAUACACACACACCGUUGCAGGCCUGGAUCGUAGCUUGUGUUCGUGGUGGCCGGGAAACUGACAAAUGGCCCCUUCACUCUCCUGAGCACAAACAAAAUCAACACUGGUACCUCAAUUUGAUGUGUGAAGCAAACCGCGAUCCUGGACUCCUGUAUUAGGCCUCCCGCAGCUCCUCGGUCUUGCUCUCUCGCCCGCCGAGGAAACCGCUCCUCCCACGCAGCCAGAGGAACCCCAAAUAUCGCGGGUAUUUGGGGCGCUAUCUGGUCCUCAAUUUCCCCUGCGUCGUGCAGGAAACAACACUGCUUCACGGAUCAAUCGGUUCUGUGUAAAUGUUCCGCUAAUUUAACAGUCCGGUUCAGAUGAAUGACGUGUAACUGUUACUGGAUAUUAACGAACAGUCCGUGCGCGUGACUGACGAUUAAAGAUAACGGAAUGUCGUAUAAACACUCACAGCGAACUCACAA